UCUAUGCCGACUGUUAAUCACUCGCUUUCAGCGCUGGAGUGGGAAAGUAGUGUUGAGCGGUAGCGGUGAGGUCCCGAGAACCGUUAUUUAAAGCGGUUCGUUUCAAAAUUUUCAUACUCACUGGUUCUGUUUAGUGUUUAUCAUUACGAUGCUUGGCGCUGUAGGAGAGUGAAUCUGUGAUAUAUAUGCAUUUUAAAAAUAUUUCUGAUAAUUUUUACUUGAAAUAGAAUUUUUGCCUUAAAAGUGGACAUUUCGUCUCUAAAUAGUAUACAAAUUUUUGAAGAUUGUAAUCUGCGUUUUAUUUUGCAAAGAUUUUUAUAUUAACAGCAAAUAGAUUAUUAGAAAUUAGAUUUAAAUCUCUUAUACAAGAGCAAGCAAUCAGUGGAUACAUGGAAAUGACACUGCUUUGUCGCUGUACUUAAAUCCCCUAAAUAGACUUAAAUAGAAAUUAUCUUCUCAGGUGCGUAUCCACACUUUCCCACCGAUGUGCAUAGUUGAUAGCAUAAAUAUUAAAAUGCGCGAGCAGCAGCCGGCUAAUGGCGAGGGUAACGCGACCGCUGUCGUCCGACCACGUAUCCAUCAUCCGGAUGUCCAGAAUGAAGACGAUCUGGACAUUCGGGACAUAAAACUCGUGUCAAAUAUACUUCGUAAUCAUCAAGUUAUUGCUUCUUCCUCUACAGAAUGCCUGAGUUGCUUCCACGAUGUGUGUGUGCCCUUCGCCCCUUCUCACCUGUGCCAGAGAAGUCCUGGAGAACCUCCCCCACCUACGUUGGAGCGUGAAAUACCUCUUACCCAGUGGACAUCUUCGAAUGUUGUGGAGUGGAUGGCUGCUCUCAAUUUGUAUAGGUAUGCUGAGUUAUUUAAGUCCAAAGACAUCAAAGGAAUUGAUCUUAUGACACUUGACAGAGAUAAAUUAAUGAAUAUGGGUAUUAAAGAUGAAUUUCAUCAAAAAGCAAUUCUUGUUUGUGUAGAUGAUCUUUGUCAAAGAAAUAACUUAAAUAGGUCUCUACACGAAGCAAAGGCACAGAUGGGCAUAUCAUAUAGAGAUGGAUCAUCUCCUACUGGAAAUCAUCAGCUUCUUGAACAAAGUUUCUCAUGUGUUCUGCAGUGUGAUAAAUGUCAUAAUUAUCUUCAUGGUUUGAUUCACCAAGGCGUAGUAUGCCAAGAGUGUGGCCUUAUAUGGCAUCGUACUUGCGCAGCAACUGGCCUACCGAGGUGCAAUACAGACAAUAUAGAGAAAGCUAAUCGUAGAAAUUUAAUAUCAGCAAUAUUUGGGAAAGAUUUAAGCUAUCAAUUUCUGCCAUCAGUUCAAAGUGCUCCUCUUCUAGUCCUUCGAUGUAUACAUGAGAUUGAGACUCGUGGUGCUGCUGUAAACAAUGUUGACUUGUACAGAGUGUACAAAACAUCUGCACAAAGUGAUAUUCUAGCUGAAUUACGUCAGAAACUUAGUGAAGAUGUAGAGCGCACAAAUUUAGCAAACUAUGAGUUACAUUGCAUUGCCAGUGCCUUAAAAAAGUACUUACGAGAGCUCCCAAAUCCUGUUUUUCCUGUUCAAUUUUAUGACAAAUUCAUCGAAACAACUAGGAUUCGUAAUGAUGAACUUUGUGUGCAAGCACUCGAACAGCUUGUCCAUCAACUUCCAAUCCAUCAUAAAUCAACUCUUCAAACACUCAUGGCUCAUUUUUGUCGAGUGUGCCGAUUGCAGUAUUCCAGAGGUAUCAAGGAACCUCCUACAAUUCUUAUCCAGGUUCUCUGUCAUAUUCUUCUGAGGCCACCUUGGGAACGGAUUGUCCAGAUAGUUUAUAAUACAGAAGCUCAUAUCAGACUAGUUGAACUCUUGCUAUUAAAAGGAAAGUGGGGAGAGCACAUGCCUGUUUUUGACUCUGCUCCAGCUCUUCCUCCUCGUCGCAUUUCAAAAAUGAACCAGCCAUUCCCAGAAAUUAUGAUGCAUGGAGGAUCAGUGAGUAUUUCUCCAAGUAGUAAUGACAGCAUUCCACAACGUCCUGUUGAGGGGCCAAAAAGUCUCAGUGAUGCUGAAUGGUAUUGGGGUGAUAUUACUAGGGAGGAAGUCAAUGAAAAAUUAAAAGACACUCCAGAUGGCACAUUCCUGGUUAGAGAUGCUUCUAAUAAGGGUUCAGGAGAAUACACAUUGACUUUAAGGAAAGGUGGCAGCAACAAAUUAAUCAAAAUAUGCCACAGAAAUGGCAAAUAUGGCUUCACAGAGCCUCUGAUGUUUAAUUCUGUGGUUGAAUUGAUCAACUACUAUCAUAAUGUGUCCCUUGCUCAAUAUAAUCGCACAUUAGAUGUCAAAUUACUCCACCCUGUAUCAAGAUUCCACCCUACUGGAUUUGAUGAAGAGGAAUCAGCAGAUAUUGAAAAGGUGGGUGAAAAACUCAUGAAAGUUAAUCAAGAAUAUCUGCAAAAAACUAAACUUUUUGAUCAGUUUUAUGAAGACUUUAGUAAAACAUCACAAGAACUUCAGUUAAAAAAGCAAGCACAAGAUGCCUUUGAUGCGACAUUAUCCGUGUUUGAAGAACAAAUGCAACUCCUGACAGAAAGUAUCAAAAGUGCUGCACCUUGUGAAAUUAAUCUACUUAGAGAAAAUUAUGACCUCCUAAAUUCCCGCCUGCAAACACUCAAAGAGAGUAAAGAUCAGUUGGAUAUGGAACUGAAGCAUCAAGCUGCAUAUAAUAGGUCCUUAGACAGAGAAAUGAAUACUUUAAAGCCUGAAAUCAUGAGGUUAUAUAAACAGCGGGAAGAUUUUUUAUCGAUGCUAAAUGCAAGAGGCGUUAACAAAGAUAGAAUUAAUAAACUGUUGCAAGAUUCAUGUGCUGAAGCAAAAGACCUUAUGAGAGAAAGUGCUUUUCUUCAAAAUGAUGAAUCACUUCCACAUCAUGAUCAGUCAUUGUGGUUUAUAGAGGACCUUACCAGGAAUGAAGCAAUGCGCUUAUUAACUGGAAAACCUGAUGGGACUUUUCUCAUUCGUAACAGCAGAACUCCUGGGCAGUAUGCAUUAUCCAUAGUUGCUGAUGGCAAAGUUGGCCAUUGUUUGAUAUACAAGACUGAACGAGGUUAUGGAUUUGCUGAACCAUAUAAUGUUCAUCCAAGUCUAAAAAGCCUGGUUCUUCAUUAUGCUCAAACGUCUUUAGAAGAGCACAAUGACACUCUAAAGACAACUCUGGCAUAUCCUGUUUUUAGUCUCGAUCAUUACAUAAAUCAAAGUACAAACUGCUGAAAAGACUUUUGGAGUUAUGCAACCAAUGGGCAUUCUUUACUUGCCAUUUUUAUAGCAAAGUGAAUUGUGAUCAAAUGUGUAUCUGUAUGUUGUCAUGCCAAUUACAAAUUGAUACACAGCCUCAUUUUGUGAAUAAUAAAUGUAUGAAAUUUUGUCAGUAUGAAUGUCACUGUGGUUAUCCUUGUUCUGCUUGAGAGCUUGUUUAAGGAUAGAAAAUGAAUAGCAAAUCAGCAUUUGCUUUUAAAACUAAAUUAUUUAUGCAAAAAUUUUGUAAUGUAUGAAAUUGUAUUAGAUACUGUUUACACAUUUUUAAUUUAUAUUUUCAUUAAUCAGAAUCACUUAAUAUCACAACUAUAGCCCAAGCCUUUGAUACAAAUUUUCAUGCACUUCAGCAUCUCAUGAAGCAAAAUAAUUAUAAUAAAUUCGUCAUUAAUUUUUAACAUUGUUUCUAAAAAGAGUACUGUUAUUAUGCUGUACUUGCAUUGGCUUGUUUAAUAAUAAUAAAUGAACAAGAACUGAGGAAUUUCUAAAUUUUUAUUCUUUCUAAAUUUCUAUAUGUUCUCAAAUUUAAUUUUUGUAAAUGCACCAGUAAUUAGGAUAAAAAUACAUUACAAAUUAAUAAAAAAAAUUGGUUGAAAGCUACAUUUAAAUAAGUUCUUUAUUAUUCUUUGAAAGUUUUGUGUUUUUAUCUGUGUAUUGGGAGCCUAUAACUAACAAACUCUACAUCAGAAUGAUUGACAGUGAUGAAACAUUUUUACAUCGUGUCAUGUGAUACCUGUCUGUGAUGUUGUGUAAAUUUUUGUGUAUGCAGAGUUUCGUAAAUAUGACAAAAUGUUAUUUUAUCAAUGCUGAAUUAUUGUUAUGUUAAUUCAUUGUUUUUUAUUUGUCCUGAUUUGUAUUUUCUCUUACUAAAAUAUGUAAAUAAAAUUGUGAAUUAUAAAAA